AUGAAGUUCAACAAUUUUGAGGAGUUUUGGCCCUUUUACAUGAACGAGCACUCGAAGCCCGCGACGCGAUGGGUGCACUUCGUGGGCACGAUGUCAUUCAAUGUUCUCGCGGUGCUGGCCAUUUUCUUAGAUUGGAGGAUCAUCUUUUUAGGUCUGCUCUUGGGUUACGGGCUCGCGUGGUGCAGCCACUUCUUUAUCGAAAUGAACCGGCCGGCCUCUUUCAAGCAUCCUAUCUGGUCCGCCAUCGCCGACGAGAAGAUGGUUCUUCUCAUGCUCACCCGGAAGAUGGAUCGCGAGCUCCGACGCCUGCAGAAAAGGCCGGCUUACAAUUUCGAUUGAAAAGCGAGAAAACUCGAUGCCAUUGCUGGAUAAGGCUGUAGGGCCAGCCAGUCUCGAGGGAACUGUACAGAUCAGUGACAACUGAAUUGUGGUGAGUGGUAUAUAGCGACCCUAAUGGAUGUCUAGGUCUGUUCGGUCCAUUUUAAAUAUGUGCAAAUCGUUACGGGUUUUGACAACAAAGUAGAGCUGCUACGUCCGGCGUUCAGUCAGCAUGUACUCGACGGAUUCAAGGGACGCCUGCGCGGAGGUGGAUUGGAAUGGAAGAACGAUAAUUUCUCGAUAGCGUUCGCUCCAUGCGCAUCCAUUCGUCU